GAUGUAAAGUAUAAGCGAACGUACUUAUACAAAUUAUGAAUCUUAUUUAUAAGAGUAGAGUUUACUCAGUGAUAUAACUGCAGGAAAUUUAAAUAUGAUUAUUGUAAUACAUGGUUACCUGGAUGUAUUGCAAACACUUCAGCAAAUAUUUGAGAGACUAUAAACAAUGGUGAAAAUGCAGCAUAAAAUCUUAUUAUAUUGGAUCAUUCUACUUGUUCUAGUUGGAACAGUUCUUGUGCUUGUGAUAAAAUAGGACUGGUUACAUGGAAUUUAUAUGUUUUUAAACCAUUUUGAAAAUAUUACUUGUAUUAAUGCUUCCCUUACCUUAUCGGUUACUUAUUUUCAGAAGGUUCUUACAUUCAUACUUGCACAGUCAUUAAUACUAGUUAAUGGCUGUGCAACAGAGACUUGUGAUAAGGCAUCUUUAUCUCAAUCUAUUGACGUUAAUUAUAGCCAACCGUAUUUAUUAUUUUUAUAUAAAAAUUUUAGAGACAAUAAAUAUUCAUGGAUUUCUUCAUGUGAAUUAUGAAUUGGAUGCUUUAAUAAUUAAUGUAUUGUUAAGACUUACUAAGCAGUAGAGGGUCAUUAUCUGCUGCUUAAAAUUGUUAAGAUUAUUUGGUUGAAUUUUUUUAUUCUGGAAAUUAAGAUAAAACCUUUUCUUGUACUUCUACAAUAAAAAU